AGGGCUCUGGUAGCAGGAAGAAAACCCAACAAAUACCUCGAAUCUCAAGACGCGGAAGGAGCGUAUUGCCGUGAUUAUUCCUACCUGAAGACGAGUCGUAGAGAGCUGCUGGCUAUGCAUUUACCAUCGAUUGAAUCCAAAGAGGACGGGAUCCGUGGCCUCUUGCUCUCUCCGCGUCCGAAUUCCGACGCAGAGUGAUGAAAUUGAGCGUAGCGGGGGCACGCCUUUGCCUAGUCUCGGCUCGCGUUUUUGUGGUCGCCUCGGCAGUAGGGCCAAGGAGUUAUUCAUGUUGUUAUUCUCCCUCUCAUGGAGAUGCAGCUUGUAGCUUCGUACGAUAAAAAAGCGUGUCGAUCUUUUUACAGGUUUGGUGGAACGCUGGCGAGAGAGCGAGAGCGAAAGAAAGAGAGGUGACUGGCAAGUGGUUGAUGAUCAUUCAUUGCACCUGGGGUUUGUUGGAGGUGGAGGAGACCGGGACUGUGGUGCUGUGACUGUUGGAGUAGGCCGCAGAUCGAAGACGAAUUUUGCGAUGGCGUAGAAUAUAAAUGACCCGCUUUCCGAUCUGAUGGUGAUUCCCUGUGAUGCAAUUCGUUUGAAUCCUCGUCCUCCUCCCCCUCUCCGUCCUCCUCCUCCUCCGCCGCAAUCUGUGUUUGUCGGCGUUGCGAAGGACCUUUGGCUUGUGGUGUAUGGAAUAGUCUCUCGUCCGGAUGCGGGUUGCAAUUUUCGGCGAUCGUGCUCACGAGCUGUCUCGAUGGGGAUUGUUGCUCUCAAUUAAAGGCGCAUGCGAUCGCCGAAGUUAGCUCGCUGUUGAGCAGUUUGGACAUUUAGGGGGAGAGUUUUGAUGCUUGCCUGACCUUUCGGAGUCCUUCUCACCUUUCUUGCAAUACCAAAGCCUGAUUCCUCUCCAUUCCUAGCGUAGGCUUUGUGCUGCAUUUCAUGAGUCUUCCCUACAUUCGAUGCGCUGCAAUGCUGGGAGCUUUCGUGAGAGUUGAAAAUCAGUGAAAAAAAGGAGCUCGUCCAAUGCACUGGCAUGCAAGGAUUAUCGCUACCAAGUUUGCCCACGACGCAACGACGAGAACGCGAAUCGUCAACAUUUCAGGGGUUCCCUUUUGCUCCAUGGCCUGCGAUGUUGGAGUACAAAUUGCUAUGCGCACACUAGAAGCAUGAAGUGCCUGUAAACGAACAACUUUGCAACUGAAUAGUGGAUGAGGCCAUCCUUUUUCAGUCUGGAACAGUUUAGAGGAGAGCCAACGUGAUUGGAGAUUUAAGUGGCAGACGGAAUGCCUCUGGUGCGGUACGAAGUGCGCUGCGAGCACAGCUUGGCUAACCCUGACCUCUACCGCACUGUGGAUCGAUAUGAUUCCGAGGGGUUGCUCGAGGGGAUGGCCAUAGGUGGCCUUGUGGGCCUAGUUCGCCAGCUCGGCGACCUUGCUGAGUUCGCAGCCGAGAUAUUUCACGGCCUUCACGUCGACGUCAUGACAAUUGUAUCACGAGGAAAAGAUUUGAAGGCCCGGGUUGCUCGUCUGGAGGCCGACCUGCCUGCGGUGGAGAAGGCACUGCUUUCGGAAGCUAGUCAAUGUCGAUUUGCUUACACAGCACGAUCAAAGUGCCGCUUAUCGUUGCCAAUGGACCAAAAUCUUUGUGCUCAAGGGGAGCUUCCACCUUUUGUUCGAGGUUUCUACGACGACUGUCGAGGUCCACCUCGGCUGUUUCUUCUUGACAAAUUCGAUAAAGCUGGACGAGGUGCUUGUGUGAAGAGGUACACAGACCCGACAUAUUUUAGGAUUACCUGGGCCACCGCGCAGCUGGAGAGAGCUGAGCAAGCUGAGCGGGAAAGACUAGCCGAACAAGAAAGGAGAAAUAGUGAGAACAAUCCCUCUAAAAAGGCUGGUCCACUGACUUAUCGCAGAGAACGGGUACCAUCAGUCCAACUCGAGGAUCUGGAAGGAUUCAUACGUGACUCAGACCCCGACCCUCGUUCGGAGCAUUUACACCGAGUGGUAAGAAUUUCAUUCGAGGAUGACCUCACCCCGGACAGGCCUCGGCCUCCCGAAGAACCUGAAUCUUUGGACGCCACCUUCCGGAACCGGCAAGUGACUGAAAUGAACGAAGGUCCUGUAUUGGAUCCCGUGAAGAUAACUGGCAAAGACAUCGAGAAUGAAAAACUGAGACGUAGGACUCGAGUAGAGUACGAUGCUGACGGGGAGCCUUCUGAUGAAGAAGAAGAAGAAGAAGAAGAAGAAGAAGCGAAAUGCUUCAUGGAUACGUUGACAACCAUGAGCUUCGACGCAGACUCUGAAGCUGACUUUCGAAGUCCGAGGAAUGCACGCGGAUCGGUAGAUUCACGGACAUCGGUUGAUUCUGAAACUAGCUCACAAACUCGGCUUGCUCUGGUUCCCCAAUGGGUGACACCAUUAAAAGUACUUGUGUUGAAGGCACAUGAGGAAGGUCGUCGUCACACGUCACCGUCUCGAAGAUCCGUCGGAGUCAACCAGAAGGGUGAUUUUACUCCACUAUUAAGACUCGAGAAGCCCGACGUUCCUAUUGCAGGCCCUGAACCAGGCCAAGAAUCAGAGGCAUCUGGUGGAAGUUCUGGUAGCCAGCCUGCAAUCGACCAUCAGCAAGAGGCCCGUUACGCUGAUAAACUUAUUGAAAAUGAGUUGAAUAUUACAAGCCAUAAUGAAUUAGAGACCCAGGAAAGCUAUGUUAAACUUACUGAGGCCCAGCUCAAGGAUUCUUCGAAACUCUCAAUGAUUACUCAGAGAGCUGCUGAAAAAUUCGCCAAUGAAUCACAUGAUUCCAUAUCCCUUCAAGAUGUUUUCAGGGCUCUAACAAGAGCGAAAGUCGAAGAGCAAGUUCUUCCCGCAGAGGCUAGAGACCAAUCGCCUAUGCCGGAAAACGAAGUCUCACAUGUCUCAAGACAGGACAACCAAUCCAUUUUGGAGAAUGCCCAGCAAGAUGUGUGUGUCCCCAAGAGCCGCCGUCUGUGGGCUAGGAACAAUGACUCACAGGUAGCAACGAGUGGCAUUUUAUUACGGGUCCUGCCCUUGAAGCUCAACGGUGGCGUGUACAAUGACGACAAGCUCAGAGCUCGCUUGUUGAAUGAUGGUGAGCAUUCUCAGGAGGAGAUUAUAAGCCCACGUGCAUUAGUUCAGCUUGAAGGAGAGGAGGUCCUUAAACAGGAUUCAGAAAUUUCCAGCCGAAUCGACUGCGAAAUGGCAUGUAACUCUUCUUCAAAUGCCUCGAGUCCCUACACAAAUAUUUCCUCAUCUUCCGUGGUUGAAGAUGAUGGAUGUACGUCGUCAGCAAGUGAAUCAUCUCCGAAAGGCCCCAAUUUUUUUGCUCUCUUGUCACCGCCUGAGUCACCGUCAAGGAAUUCUCGAGGCUUGAUGGGCUCACAUGCCUCCUAUAAUACGAGCUCCCAAUUUGGAAGGGAUAGCCCAAAAGCUCCCCCAACUAUUCCUUUUCUCUCGCUGUCACCCACAGUGUCAAGGUUCUCGUCAUUCAGUUACGAGCCUCCUGUGAGCUUUGUAGACUACUCUCGACCUCCGCCCCAGCUCGUAUCACCACCUCUUGAAGAUAUUAAUUUGUCAUUACAUACGAGUGAUGGUCCUGCUGCAAGCUCGUCACAAGCUCCAGAUAAGCAGCUCAAGGAUGUCUCUACAAGCAAUCCCUCCCUGAAUGGUGUUGUUGCGGGUUUGCAAGCUGAAGCGAACAGAAGCCAGCCUUCUAGGCAGCCAAACUCAGUGGUUAGACCAAGAACGUGGAACGAUCGGUCGGAACACAACGUUGCAGCCACUCUGCGUGCAAUUCGGCAGGCUGCGGCAGUUCAAAGCGAUGAUACAGGAAACGAGGACAAUAGCAAAGAUUCAUGACCCAAGUGGGAAUUCUCGAUUUUCAAAGCCAACAGGGACAGAAUGGGGUCUGUCAGCAUGAAUUAUGUGUCUAAAUUUAGAAUUUACAGCAGGAAGGCGUUGGAUUCGGUGUCCUGUUGGGAGGUUGAUGUCCCAUCCGCAACCUCUCCGCCCAUUAGGAUAGGGCUGAGGAUCCGAAGGUGGGUCCCUUGUGCUUUUGUGUUCGUCUUUGACGUCAACGAAGCUUCAUGGCCUUGCUCAACAUAUUUGUUAAAGCUUCUGUCUUGUUUUGUCGACGUGAGUUGGGCGUCGCUCAUGAAAAAAAGAAUAGGAUGAAAACGAAACUGAAGGUUUUCUGCUCCGAAAUGGUGGCGUAAUUGUCUUCUUUUUGCUGAUAAGUUGUAGAUCUUUGAGUUAAAGUGGGAGAAUUUUGUUUUA